GGAGGUAUCGCGAUGGGGUUAUUUGUCAAGGCCUCGGUUAGAUAUUUUGCAAAUUGAUUGACGGUUGAGAAUGGCGGUGAAGUGACCUGGACAACUAUAGAGGGGGUUGAUCCGUACGCUUGGUCGAACAAGACCAGUCAGUCGUCGACGUACUUACCUAUUACGCCAGCUUCGAAGCCAACGUAGACCAAGAGUCGGGUGCAUCUCCACAUGCACUCAUACGUCUGCCUCCUGGUUUCCUACGAUUUUCAGUGAACCCUGCAACUCAUCUGGCACCUGCUACCCUACCUGGUCUCACAUCGCACACGAACCUGGCUUGUUCGCCCUCCUAUCAGUCAGUCGCAAUGUCUACCACGACCACUACAGCGACAACGACGAGGGUGAUGUUCCUCAGCAACGCCCCUCCACCGCCCAGACGCACAGUACAGCGACUGGCGGCGACGAACUCGUCAACACACGGCGGCAGCGAAGCGAAACAGCAGCAGCAACCGCAACAGCAACCGCAACAGCAACCGCAACAGCCCUCGAUCCCCUCGCCACCCGUCUUCACCACCAAGCAAGAGGAGCGCGACCAUCUCAAAGGCCGCCUAGCACUAGCCUUCCGCCUCUUCGCCAAACACAACCUCGACGAAGGACUCACAGGCCACGUCACCCUCCGGGACCCGAUCCAGCGGGACCACUUCUGGACCAACCCGCUCGGGCGGCCCUUCCAGCUGAUGCGCCGGUCGGACCUGAUCCUGGUCAACAGGGAGGGGGAGGUCGUCGACGGCGACGGCGGCGCCAACCGGCUGGUCGACGGCGCGGCAUUCGCAGCGCACCGUGCCGUGCACGAGGCGCGGCCGGACGUCGAGUGCGUGGCGCACGCGCAUAGCUUGCACGGCGGGACGUUUUCGGCGCUGGGACGGCCGCUGAGGAUGCUCACGCGGGAGGCGUGCGCUUUCAGGGACGAUGUUGCCGUCUACCGACCUCCGCCGUCCAAGGGCGCAGGGCCGGGGGAACACAUUGCGGCUGCGCUGGGGGGGAAAAAGGCGGUGCUGCUGGAGAACCAGGGGCUGUUGGCGUGCGGCCAGACGGUCGAGGCCGCUACGUACUGGUUGUAUGCGCUUGAGCGGUGUUGUCAGUCGGAGCUGAUGGCUUUGGGUGUCCCCGGUGAGGCGACGACUACGACGAUCAAGGAUGAAGAUGCGGCGUUGAUCUAUAAGAGCAGGGGAACGCCGGGGAUGGGGUGGGUUCAGGCGCAGCCCAUGUUCGAGGUGAUGGCGGACGAGUCGGGGGACGAUUAUUUGCAGUGAUUCGGUAGUUGAAGUAAAAACCGAGGGUUGAGAAUAGA